ACCUGUUCCUCUCUGGGUUUCACAGGUGCCUGAACUCCUUACCUGCCUGGAACUAAGUGCAGCAUCACAAUGGAUGUGAAAGGAUGUGCAGCAGUGCUUCUGUUCCUUGGGCUGAUGGCCAUUCCAGUCCAUAAUGCCUCUUCUAAUUCACUUUGUAGUAUCUUGAAUGAGACUCUGAGCAAUAAGACCAGCAACUUUACACUACUAGUCAACCCAGACAACAUAUUUUUGGUAAAUCAUACAUACACAGUAACAUUGUCUGGGAAAGGAAAUGUAACAGUGAUCUUUCAAGCUCUACCAUCAUCAAAUAUUUCGGGCAGUGUGGUGGGGCAGUGGUCCAACACAACUGAAAACUGCGAUGGGAGCCCAUUAUUUCAGAAUCUCAAUGAAAAUGGAUCAGUUUCCGCAAACUGGACAUCACCAAAUACUGUGCAAUCUGUUGUGAUAUAUGCAUAUUUCAAGGAGGGAAAUGAUUUAUUCCGAAAAGAAGUUCAAUUAGAUGUUGUUUCACCUGCCAACACUACAAAAGCACCAGACACAACUGAAAACACAACACUGACUACAGGAAAACCAGGCGCUACAGCACCAGACACAACUGAAAACACAACACUGACUACAGGAAAACCAAGCGCUACAGCUUCACAGAUUACUACUACUACCCUUGUGAAAACUACAAGUGCAAGUUCAGUGAUCCACCCCAGCUCCCUAAUAAUGGCACUGACUGAGGCCAUUGGGCUAUUUUUCAUCACCAGCAAAUUCCUUUCAUAAGUCAUCAUAAUCAAGCAUGGACAAAAUUAAACCUGUAUCUAUGUUUUUUAAAAGGCUAUUUUUAAGUAUUAUCUAUUUAAAAAGGCACCAGUAAUUAAGAUUUGCAGAGGCCCUCAAAAGCAGAAAAUCAACUCAAUGUUAUAGAGCUGGGACCUGGUUUAGACAAGAACUUAGUUUAAACCAAUGAUAUAUUUGAUCAUACUGAUCACAGUAAUUUUUCCUUAAAACAUUUGUAAUUUCUAAAAGUAAUUUUCAAAUAAGCAAAAUUAAAAACAAACCAUUUUGUCAGGAAAAACAUUGCUAGAAUUUAGAAAUAAUCAUUCAUUCAUUCUUUUAUUCAAAAAACCAGGUGGUCUUUAUGUGGAAGACUGAAAAUGUGAUUUCAUGCCUGAUUACUAAAUGACCACUUAAAGAAUCACUGCCUGACUAAAUAAAUGUAACUGCUUCUUCUCUUUUUGUUUAUAAUAAAAUAAAUAUCCAUGUU